AUGGCACCUCCCAUCUACGUCAAAGGAGGACAAUGGACGAAUGUUGAAGAUCAGAUUCUUCGAGCUGCUGUUUCCAAAUACGGUCUAACUCAGUGGGCUCGUGUGGCCUCGCUCCAACCCAAGAAAACAGCCAAACAGGCCAAAGCUCGAUGGAAUGAGUACCUCAAUCCAAGCAUCAAGAAAGACGAAUGGAGCCCUGAAGAAGAUGAGAAAUUGUUAGGUUUAGUGAAACUAUUGCCUAAUCAAUGGAGGAGCAUCUCCCCGAUCAUGGGCCGUACUCCCACGCAAUGUGUUGAUAGGUACCAGCAGCUUCUAGAUAGAGCUAUGGGGAACAAGGAUGAGGACGAAGAGCUUGACGAUCUUAAACUAUCCGGUCAUGGAAUUGAAACGCUACCGGCGUUGGGAAAUGCAUAUGAGAGUUUGCCAUCUCGUCCAGAUCUAGAGGACAUGGAUGAAGAUGAACUGGAGAUGUUGAGUGAAGCCAAAGCCAGGUUGGCCAACACAGUGGGCAAGAAGGCUAAACGUAAAGAGAGAGAGCGUAUGCUUCAAGAAAACCGCCGAGUCACGCUUCUAGAAAAGCGGAGGGAUCUCAAGGCUGCUGGUGUGAGGAUGAGUCUAGAGCUGAGGAACAAAAAGAAGCGGAACGACUUCGACUAUAAUGCUGAUAUUCCUCAUGAGCAUGCUCCUCCUCCAGGGUUGUACGAUACUACUGGUGAAGAUGCUGUGAACGAUAGGGAGCGUUUGAGCUUUCAGGAGCGGGUCAAGUUUAAAGGUGUAGAUGCACCAGAGGAAAAGGCUAAGAAAGCAAAACCAGAUGGUAGUGAGGAGAGGGCAAAGAAGAGACAGAGGCAAGAGCUUUCGGACGCUGCAAAGUUAUUUUCGGAUGCCGCUGACCAGGAUCUCAAAAGGAGGAAGUUGGUUCUACCUGCGCCAGGCACCACACAGCGAAAUGAAGAGCGGGUGAAGGAAUUGACUUCUGGGGCCAGCCUGGGCUCUUUGCGAUCAAGGGAGGAUCUGGUGUCCAAAAAGAGACUUUCGGAGCCGAUACAAAAGUCGUCUAUGAAAAGGCUUCGAGAGUUCAUCAAGUCAAUGUUUUCCAAGAUACCGCCGCCAAAGAACAACAUCCAGCCCAAGCUACCUCAGAUUGACAAGACUAUUCAAGCACUUGCAGCAGGUCUGGAUAUCGAUGAGGAUCUGGAAGACCCAGGCUCGAAAUCGGAGCAAUUCCGAACUCUGGCAUCCAUUCGUGGCUUGGCGGCUCCAAAUCCUCAUUUAUUGAAGGAGAUUGACCCCAAGCUUUCUGAGACAGAGAAGGCCAUUGCAGCAGACUUCCAGGCUCUUAUCAAAGCCGAUUACAAGCAAUCCGUCGAUACGACGUAUGAUGCAGAUUCUAUCACCCCGCUUGGAAAAACGGAUCAUAAAAAUGUUCUUUCCCUUAUUGACAUAGAGUUGAAGAACAGCAAGCAGGAAAAGUUACCACCAAGUGACUUUUCUCUCCCCAAAUCAAAAGAAGCAAAAGCCCAAGUACUUCAGACAAUCAAUGACCUUCAUGAAUCAUCUGACAAUAUAGAUGCUCAUAUCGAUCGGAGAUCAGCUGAAUACAAUGGCCUGGCUAGAGAGAAGUACGACGCCAUCGUCAAUUUGGCUCAGCAACUUGUCGAUGAAAACCAAAAUGUUGCAAUUUUGCAAAAAGUUUUGGAUCUUGAGGAGAUUGCUUUGGAGGAAAGAUCUGCACAACUCCAUGAUCUUGUGGAAUCAGUAGAGUUGGCCCGUUCUGAACUUUAG